UCACCCUAAAAAACAAUAUCAAAUCAGCUGGAAGUCAAGAAACAAAAAAAAGCCAACAAUAUUAAAGAAAUCUAUGUUAAAUACAUAGGAAUUCCGGCCGCUAAAAUAUGGGAAGGAAAUGCGGGAAAACAAGCUCAAGAAAGUCAAGAAAACAGACAAUAAAAAGCGAACCGGACCCUGAGGAAACAAGAGAAAGGAACAUAGAUAAUGAAGAUGUCCGAUCUUCGAGAUACAUUAAAACAGAAGAUAGUUUUACGGAGACUGAGUUCUAUGAGGUGGUUAUGCUGGAUGCGGAGAAUCCGGUUAAGGAAGAGUAUCCCUUGGAGGAGCCCGAUCCGGUGGAGGAGGAGAUAAGCUAUCAUUUGGCUGGGCCACCAAAAGUCUGUUCCAAAUGCAUCAGAGCUUUUCCAACCGAAGAGUUUCCCACCCACGACUGCAAGGACAUCAAUGCCGAUAAAUACCCCUGCAAAAUUUGCCCCCGGAAGUUCCGCUACAAGUCUUUAUUGGUCGUACACCUAAAAACACACCUUAGGCUGCAGAAAGGUGAGAGCAUCCCAGAAUUGGAGAGGGUGAAACCUGCGAAAACAAACCAUCGCAGAGUCCUACAUAACUACGAGUACAAUUACUCGCCCACUCCAAGAUGGAAGUUAUCCCGCCGGAGGGCCGGAGCAAAGCUCAUCCAGCAUCAGCGACUGUGUGACUAUUGUCCCAUAGCCUUCUCCAACGAAGCUCAUCUGGAGAAGCACAUAAAGCAUCACCAUGCCGAGGUGAUUGACUCCAUCGAAUUCAUUACCCCAGAUCCGGAGUUUCAAGGCACGGAACAGACCAGCAUCAAGUUAGAAAAUAAUCACACAGUACUGAAUUGCAUCAAGUUAGAGAAUGAGGAAACGGCAGAAAGCAUUCAUUACACCUAAAUUUAAUAAGUUUUGUUAAAAGGUCUUCAAAUCCUUAUUAAAAAAUCAUAAUUUUUAAAACUUUUGGAAAUUUAUAUUUAAUUUUACAGUAGUUAAGGCUUUUUUAAUUUUCUUCUCCGUCUUUUAUAUUACAAAUAGUUACAUGUCAAGGAAUCACAAUCAUUUAAAUUUUUGCCAUCUGUAGCUAAAUAAUACAUAAGUAUGCAAUAAAUAUUUAUAAGCUAUAAUUAGUUGCAGCUGGUUUAGGAAACGUAUCUGUAAGUGCUGGACUGAGUUCGCUCUAUAUCGGGCGUGUCCUUAUUGAGUAAAACUUCAAUCCUUUCUUUAAUAAA